UUCCAAAACUGAGCAAAACCCAAAAACCCCAAUCAUGUUAUAUCUUCUCCAAGGCAUCUUCAUCAUAUUCUUUGAGCCCUAGAAUAGAACCUGCAACCAAAACAAACAAAUCAAAACUCAUUCAAUCAAAUCACUAUGAGUUCUUCAACAAGAGCUUUCACUGCACUUCUACACAGAUUCUCCACCAGCAUCCCUCUCAAAUCCCCCAAUUCAUUCAAUAUUCAAGGUGGUGUUAGGUUAUAUAAGAAUCUAUCAUCUUCGUCAUUGUAUUCAUCUUGUGCGAAUGCUUUUGCUCCGGUUGAGUUUCGGUAUGCGAAUUCGGUUAGGAAGAUUUGGACUCGAGGUCCUCUUUGUAUGGGAAGAAGGUCCUGCAAAAUUGCAGGUAGAAAGGGGGUUCAAGAUGCAAAGAAAGCUAAGCUCUAUGCAAAAGUCGGAAAGGAAGUUGUAUCUGCUGUGAAGAAAGGGGGUCCAAGUCCAAUAUCAAAUACGGCUCUCGCAUCCAUUCUCGAGAAAGCUAAGGAGCUCGAUGUGCCAAAGGAUAUCUUAGAGCGAAACAUCAAGCGAGCUUCUGAUAAAAACCAAGAAGCAUACAUCGAGAAAGUAUACGAGGUAUACGGUUACGGUGGAGUUGGUUUAAUAGUUGAGGUUUCAACCGAUAAAAUCAACAGGUCGGUGGCACGUGUUAGAGAAGUGGUUAAGGAUUGUGGUGGAAAGAUGGCGGAUCCUGGAUCGAUUAUUUUUAAAUUCAAACGGGCCCGCGUUGUGAACGUAAAAGUUACGGAUGCGGAUAAGGACCAGCUACUUACCAUUGCGUUAGAUGUUGGUGCUGAUGAUGUCAUCGAACCUUCCAUGGAUGAUGAUGACGACUCUGAAGAAGAUAAGCCCGAGAGAUACUAUAAAAUUGUAAGCUCGUCAGAGAAUUAUACUGAAAUAUUAUCAAAGCUGCGUGAGGAAGGAAUCACGUUCGAGCAAGAUAAUGGCUCUGAGUUACUUCCACUGAAUAUGAUUGAGGUGGAUGAUGAGGCUAUGGAGCUGAACAAGGAACUGAUGUCAAAUUUACUUGAUCUUGAUGAUGUUGAUGCUGUAUAUACUGAUCAGAGAUGAUUAAUAAGGUGCCCACAACUAUAUAUGCAUUUGACAAACAUUUGUAUCAAUUUUGUAUUAUUAAUAUGAGACCUGAAGACAGUCAGUUUCUCUAAGAAUAAUUAAAACACUUUUGAAUUGUUAUUUUUUUUUUCUGUUCAUAUGUGUUGCAUUUUGUGAUUUA